CAGCCAUUCAGAUUGAAACCAUACCAAGAAAAGGUCAGAUCUCAGAAAGACAACAUCAUGAUGGAAUCUGUAAUUACAGCUCCCUCCUUGUUUGACCAAAAAUAGAAUCCUAUAAUUACAAAUCCCCAAGACCCAACCAAGAUGCCACCUUUUGACAAUUCAUCAUCCCACCUACCCGCUCCCAUUUUCAAAUCGAAAUCUUCCCCUUUAACACCUCCAAUCUCAACCCACCAAAUCCAACGACCAACAAUUCUACGGACCUUUUCUUCUUCAUCUUCUUGUUUGUUCUUCAAUCUUCUAUUGCUGUUUGUUUCAGAAUAAUUGAUAUUAAUGGCAAGGCUUCAAUCCAAUCAGUUGAAGCAGCUGAAAGACAUCUUCAUGCGGUUCGACAUGGACUCCGACGGCAGCCUCACGCACCUCGAGCUGGCGGCGCUCCUCCGGUCUCUGGGGCUGAAGCCGACCGGCGACCAGAUCUACGUCCUGCUGGCCAACAUGGACUCCAACGGCAACGGGUCGAUCGAGUUUGACGAGUUGGUGGAGGCGAUCUUGCCGGACAUGAGCGAGGAGGUGCUCAUAAACCAGGAGCAGCUCAUGGAGGUUUUCCGGUCCUUCGACCGCGACGGCAACGGCUACAUCACCGCCGCCGAGCUCGCCGGACAGAUGGCCAAGAUGGGCCACCCCUUGACGUACCGGGAGCUGUCGGAGAUGAUGAGAGACGCCGAUACCAACGGCGACGGCGUCAUUAGCUUUAAUGAGUUCGCGAAUAUUCUCGGCAAGUCGGCGUCGGAGUUUCUCGGCCUCGCCGCCGUUUAGAAUAUAAAAACUCUUUCUUCCCUUCUUCCUCAUUUUCAUCCUCCUCCUCCCUCUUCUUCCUCUUAUUUCUCUUGAUUAGGUUAAGAUAUGAUUGAACUCAAAAAAAAGAAAAAGAAAAAAUGGAAUUAGAUAUGUACAUUAUUUCUACGUAUAAAUAAAAAUAUUUAGGAAUCA